UCGGUAUUUACGCUGAUUUUCACAAUCCUUGAGACUCCCUGGCCCAAGGCAGCAGCUAGAAUUGGCCAAGCUAACACGCCUGAAGAGACUGAAGUGAGCACUCUGAGUUUGAAAGACGCCGUUUCCUCUUCGACUCGAACAAAGCAUCUCUCUCAGCGAUCACUUCUCGUUAGACCAGCCAUCAAGGAAGAUGGGUGUCAGGCAAAGCAAACAAUCUUUGGAAAUCACGUCCGCGCCCCAAAAAGGUGGACCUAAGGUCGAAACCAAUGGCCAAGUGGAGGCUGAGAAAGUCGACGACGUCAACACCAAGGUGAACGGAGAGUCCAAAGAGACCCCUCAGUCGAAUGGUGAUGGCCCAGUUACCAACGGCGACGCUCACAAGGACGAGACGGAGACUAAAACCGAGAUCAAAGAAAUUGUCGAGGAUAAGGAUGAGACCAAAGAAGACAAUGACGCCAGUGUGGAGGAAGAAAAAGAAACCAACAAAACUGCCUCUUCUGACGAACCUACAGAAAGCAAGCCCAAAUCUACCACCAAGGACAAGCUGAAGAAGAAAUUAUCUUUCCGGAGCUUCAACUUGCUCAAGAAGAAGACCAAGAAGGACGAGGGUGCCAACGAUUCUAAAACUGAAGAAGAUAUCGAAGGUGAGAAAAAAGAAGAGAAAGAUGCUGAGAAGAAAACCGACGAAGAGACCGCCAGCACAUCGGCCAAGGACUCUGCUCAAGACGUUAAACCAAGUGAAGAUAUUGCCGCGGAAACCGAGGAAACAACUCCUACCAAGAGCUCAGAAGAACAAAUCGAACCCAAGGAUGAGGAGGCCAAAGAUACCACUGAAGAAGCCGACAAGCCCGAAGCCUCGGCACAAAUCUCUGAAGACAAAACCGAAUCAGAAGCACCAGCUGUUCCCGACGUUCCUGAGCCUGAUAGUGAUGACACGAAGGGAGUGGAAGAGUCUGAAACUACCGUGGCCAAAACUGAAGAAUAGAAUUUUCGCCUCCUAGAUAGAAAACCUUUUUUUUCCUCUUUCUUUCCCCGCAUUUGUCCCAACGUCGUGAAGAAUGAUAUCUCCCUCUCUCAUGGGGUGUUUUGACUGCGUCUCAAUGGGUUUUCAUCUCAUCGUGGCUGGAAUAUUGUCUCUUAUCAUCAUGUUCAUCAUUCUCGUCGCGAUCAUCUCUAUUACGUCAAUCCAUCUCUAGGGAAAAGCGAGUAGCUUCUAUCAGCUUACCAAGACACCCAUGUUGAACUGCAAUUUGGUGUGACUUGAAGAAAGUGAACUCCCAAUCGUGGAUAUGAAAACUUGGUGUUCGUAAGAGAACCUCCCCCCUUUUUCUCACCCUUGACAUCGUUCAAUUUAUAAGGGAGAGUACAUACCAUCUGCUUUUUUACAUUCACUUUAGAAGCUUCGUUUUCAGUAGGUCAAACCAUUUUUAACCACAAAGACGAAAUUUGAAAUUAAAUGAGCAAUGCCUUUGCUGUGGAUGAUCUUGUAUAA